CUUAUCACAGUCUUUGAGCUCCAGCCCACCAUGUCAUUCAUCGCUUUCAUCUUCUUCCUUCUCGUCUUUGGGAUCUCAUUAUUCUUUCCUACUUCUCUUCUCUUUGAUCCGAAGCCUCACAAGAUCCACUUCCGCUUCCCGAAUCUCUACCCAGAAGGCCUUGCUUGGGAUCCACUGACCCAGCAAUUCUUCGUAGGAUCCCUCCGUCAACGGAUCAUCGCCACUGUCAGCAACGCCGGUGAUGCGAAAACCUUCGUCUUCGACUCUUCCCUCCCCGAAAACGUCACCUUCUUGGGUCUUACAGUGGAUCCAGUCAACAGACGCCUCCUCGCCGCCGUCCACGCCAUGGAGCCUCUCCCUCCCUUCGAUGCCCUCGCCGCUUACGACUUAACUUCUGGGCAACGAAUCUUCCUCUCCGUACUCCCCGACGACGGUGGAUCCGUUCGUCCGACUGCAAACGACGUCACGGUGGAUGACGAGGGGAACGCCUACGUCACGAACUCCGGAGGGAACUACAUAUGGAAGGUGAACAGCAAAGGAGAGACGUCGAUAUUCUCGGGGUCUCCGGAGUUCACGGCGCAUCCAGUGGACAGCGACACACCGCAUAGCUACUGCGGCCUGAAUGGGAUCGCUUACGUCAGCAAGGGGUAUCUCUUGGUGGUGCAAUCCAAUACGGGCAAAAUGUUCAAGGUUGAUGCAAAUGACGGGACGGCGAGCUUAGUGCAGAUGAAGGAGGAUUUGAUGGUGGCAGACGACAUCGUGUUGCGAAGUGACGGCGUCGUUUUGGUGGUGUCGCCUGUGAAUAAGCUGUGGUAUUUAAGGAGUGAAGAUGGAUGGAUGGAGGGAGAAGUGUAUGACGAAAUAGACCUUGAUCUGAAAAGAUUUCCUACUUCAUUGGUUGUGGGGAAAGAGAAUAGGACGUAUGUGGUAUAUGGGAAUGUGGAGGAGGGUAUGAUGGGAAAUUCAGGGAGGGAGAGUUUCAGCAUAGAAGAAGUGAGAUCAGAGAGGGAAAAUAGAAGUAUUCAAAUGAGGAGGAUGCUUGUUUUGAUUGGGACAGGGUUGGCUUUCUUUGUUAUUUGGAUGCUUCAGAAGCCGUCGUGGCUUGUUAAUAAGGGAGAAAAGGUUAACUAAGUUUAAAGAACUGAAUAAAUAUUGUUGGAUUUUUAUGGAUGUAUCAGAGGACUGGUCAGGCUUCUAAAGUUGUAUUCUCGCUUUCGUUAAUAUUCUACGAAGCAUGAACUAUAGUUAUAUUUUAUGUGAUAGGGUCUAUUGUACCCCGAAAAUUCAUGCUUUUUUUUAAAUUAUUUAUGGGG